UUAACUACUCCGCGGAGUGCUCGCGCUCCCGUCGGAAGGCGGACUCCAAGUAUUCUUCCCCAUCAACGCUUAAAGAAGGAGAAAAAUCUUGAAAGUCCGCCGGAAAUGGAUUCUCCAGCGGGCAGUGUUGGUAGUGACUUGAGACGUCAGAAUGAAGAGCUUCGUGCACGUCUUGCUGGAGAGGCGGCAGAUCAUAAGCGUCGUCUCGACGCGUAUCGUCGUGCUCAGCAAGGCCAAGCUGCAUUAGUAUCGAGACUGCAAGCUAAAGUUUUGCAGUACAAACAACGAUGUGCGGAGCUCGAAAGUCACAUGCUGGAGACACCCCGAAGCGAGGGUUAUCGCACCAGCACGGCGCUGCAGCCGGCCGCUCUUCCCGCACCGUCGCCGCCUUCCACCGAUUCGCGCAGGGAUGAACGCAUUAACGACUUGGAGACUGCUCUGCGUCGACUGGACGAGGAGAAACGCAAGUGUGAGAAGUUGGUAGCCCAGAAUAAUUUACUCCGAGACCAACUGGAGGAGUCUCAUCAGCUAAAUGAAGCUCUGACAGGUGACUUGCAGAAACUGACCAAUGAUUGGGAAGCUCUGAGAGACGAGAUGGCAGUCAAGGAGGAUGAAUGGAAAGAUGAAGAACAGGCUUUCAAUGACUACUAUUCCAGUGAGCAUAACCGUCUGCUAAGUCUGUGGCGCGAGGUGGUGUCUGUGAAGCGUUUCUUCUCCGAGCUGCAGUCUAACACGGAACGAGAUUUGUAUCGAGUCAAGAACGACUUUGACUCAUCUGUUAGGGAGCUUGUUGGAUCAUUGAGUGGAUAUGCUAUCAAUGCAUUUGCAGCUCAAGGAAGUAAGAGCGAACCUCAAGCUUCAGUCGUGAGUUCGACCGCGCCAGAUGUUGGCACAGUGGAAACGUUACGAGUGGAGCUCCGGGAGGUGGCCGCGCAGCGUGAGCACGCCGUGGCUGAGCUGCGGGAGCGAGAUGCCCGGAUACAACGUUUGCUUUCUGAACUGCAAGGAUUGGAGGAGCGGUGCGAGAGCGCGGAGGCGGCGGCGGGCGAGGCGGCCGUGUGUCGCGGCGCGCUGGAGGAGGUGGCGCGCGCGCUCAUACACGACUCCGAGCCAGACGCCAGCACCGCGCACCUGCACCUACCUGACCGUUCACAGAAACCUAGCGCGUCCCAGGCGGCGGCGGCGACGGCCUUCGCGGAGAGCACCAUAUCGGCGGUGCAGGCCGCACUGCACAAGUAUCAAAUACAAAUACACGAGUUGCAGGUGAAGUUGCAAAACACGCGAGAGCAACUGUUGAGCAACAGGAAGCACUGCGAAACGGCCGACGCGACCAUACACUCGCUGGAGACCAAAGUACACGACUUGCAAAACAAAUUGGAUCAAUCUAACGCUGAUCUCAGCCAAGCUUUGCAAGAGAAGGAGUCCCUGCAGAAGACCGUUGAGUCUCUGAGGAUCGACAAGAAUAAUCUGGAGAGGAACAGAGUGGAAAUUAACGCCAUGGUGGAGUCUCUAACGUCGGACUACGAGAAACUUCAGAAGAUCAAUUCUCGUUUAGAGAAGACUAUUGAGGGUCUCGAGGGAGAGAAGAGAGCUUUGAACUCGGAAGUUGAUCGUUUGCACCGCGAGGCCUCGCACAGAGAUUCGGUCCUCAGGGCGGAAGAGGAACGUUCGGCUCGUCUCCGCGCGGAGCUGGUCUCGGUGCGGGAGGAACUCAACCAGGUCGCCCUGGCCAGGGACUUGCUGGACCAACAGAAGCUGGAAGCCGACGCCAUACUGUCCCAGAUGGAGAAACACCGGAGUGACCUCGAAAUGGAAUUGGAACGGACCAUAAUGGAGAGAACUGAUCUGCAGGACCUCUCUGAGAAGAUGCAAGCCGCCAUCAGGAACUUGGAGAGUGACAAGAAGAAACUGCAGGAGGAUGUUAAAAAUUUGGAAGAUGAGAGGUCUUCGCUGUCGAGUCAGUCGUCGGAGCAGCAGAGCGACCUGAACUCUCUGCGCAAGGAGCUGCUGGCCGCCGAGCAGAACCGGAUGGAGCUGGAAGCCGACAAGUCGUCUCUGUACGAGAAGAUCAAGUUCCUAGAGGGGGAGAGGGAGAGGGUCGAACUGGAGCUACGUCAAGUCGCUAGGGAGCGCGGCGAGCUGAGCUCUCAGCUCACCUCGAUGGUCCGCAAGAAGGACACCCUCAACGAAGAGAUGAUCCGUCUCCAGCAGCGCCUAGAGCAGGCCAACGAGACCAUCGGCAGGAUCAACAGGGCUCUCGAAGAACACGUCAAGGAUGGAGAAGAGAAACAGAUGUUCAUAGACAGCUUGGAGAAAGACAAGCAUCAUCUGCAAGAGCAGCUGGCCGGCGUGAGGUCCGAGAAGGACGCGCUUGAGGCCGUGCUGUUCGACACGGCCAACAUGCUGGAAGACUCUGACAACAAACGCAACAAGCUGGAGAGAGAGUUGCAGGACACUCUUGUGCAGCAGGAAAAUUAUAAAGGUCAGAUCGCCCGUCUGACUAAAGAGCUGGAGAGCAGCGAGCGCAAGCUUCGGGAGACGAAGAAUUCCAUGCAGCAACAGUCCGGGAAGAAGGAGGCCGAGUACCAGCAGAUCAUCACCAACAUCAACCGCACCACCGCCGAGAACAUCACUAAACUCAAGGAGGAGAAGGAACAAUUGCGUCAGACUCUCGAACAGAAAUUGAGCCAGACUAUAGCUUCGUUGACGAGCGAGAAGGAAGCUAGCGAGGCGGCCGCGCGCGAGAGAGAGAAGAAGCUGUUAGUGGGCCGCGACCAGCUCAUACUUCAGCACGACGAAGCCCUGCUCAGGGCUGAGAACGACAAGCAGCAGGCCCUGCUCAUGGCUCAUCAAGAGCAGCAGGCGCUACUGGAGCGUCUCGAGGAGCUGAAGCGUGCGCUGGGCUGCGAGCAGAGCCGGCUGGAGCGCGCGCGGCGGGACGGGCAGGCGCGCGCCGACCAGGACCGCGGCUGCAUCAACCAGCUCAAGGAGGAGCAGGCGCAACUGAAGACCAAACUGGAGGAAGCAAAAGCCGCCGCGGAAGACGAAUGCGCUCGGUACGAGAAUCGAAUCAAGGAGCUGCACCUAGAGAAGGAGGCCUGCCAGCGCGAGGCCACCGAGGUGCGCGCCCAGCUCGCGCUCGUCGAGGACAAGCACGACAACGCGCACGCGCAGCUGCAGGACACGCUGCGGAAACUGAAGGAAUUGGAGAACGAAGCGGACAGUCUGCGCAAGGAGCUGACGGACGUGCGGCGCCAGCUCACGGCGUGCGGCGCCGAGCGGGACAAGUACGGCGCCAGCUGCCGCGAGCUGCGCGACCACGUCAAGCGCGCCGAGCACGAGCGCAGGGACGCCGCGCGCGCCCGCGACGACGCCUACCACAAGAUAGCCGGUUUAGAAGAAAGCCGCACGUCCCUGGAACUAGAACUGUCCAGAAUGCAGACCCUGCUGAAGGAGAGCGAGUCGGGCGGCGCGCACGUGCAGCGCUCGCUGCAAGCGGCCGAGGCGCAGCUCAAGCGCGAACGCGCGGCGCUGCAGCAGGCGCAGCAGGACCUCAAGGAGCUGCACUCCAGACUACAAAACGAGGCGGAGGAGCGCGAGCGGUGCGCCAGCGAGGCGGCGGCGGCGCGGCGGCACGGCGCCGAGCUGGAGGCCGUGCUGCAGGCCGCGCGGGCUGACCUCGCCGCCGCGCGCCAGCGGGCCGCCGAGCUGGACGAGGCCUGCCGCGCCAGGGACCAGGAAUUAGUGCUGCGUCUAGAAGACUGCCGCUCGAAGGAGCGUAGACUUGAAGAACUGAAGCACAACUUGGAAGUUUGUCUCGCCGAUGCGACGCAGCAAAUACAGGAGUUGAAGGCGCGGCUCGGCGGGUGCGAGGGCCGGUGCCGCGCGCUGGAGGCGUCCCUGAGCCAGUGCGAGGGCGGCAGGCGCGAGGCCGAGUCCAAGCUGUCGUCGGUGGUGCACAGCUUGCGGCGCGUGUGCGGCGUGCAGCCCGACGGCUCGCUGCAGCCCGCCGCGCGCCGCCGCCUCGCCAGCCCCGCGCGCCGCUACAGCCCGCACCGAGGUCGUGAUCAUUCCGAGGAUCGUAACGAGAUAAUCGACGUCGAUCCGGAGUUGAUCAAGAAGGGCGUCAGGAACCUGAUGCACGAUGUCUGUCAAAUCGAGAGGGAGAAGGACGACUACAAGUCUCAAGUGACCGUGCUCAAGAAACAGUUGAAGGAGGCGACGGAGCAGCAGGGCAAGGGCGAGGGCAAGCUGCAGACGGCGGCCGCCAGCCUGCGCGCGCUGCAGGACGAGCGGGCGCGCCUGCACGCCGCCUGCGGGAACAAGGACGCGCAGCUGCUCGCGCUGAACGAAUCGAUACAGUCGAAGACGGUCGAGAUAAGCAGCUUGAGGGACAAGAUAACCAGCUUAGAAGCGGCUCUGAGCUCCGUCACCGAAGAGAAAGUACAAUCGGAGAACAAGGCGGAGAGUCUGCGCGCGCAGCUGGCCGAGCGCGCACACGAGGCCGCCCAGCUGCGGGAGGCGCUGACGGCUGCCGAAGGUCGCGCGGCCCGCCUGGACGUGCGGCGCGCGCAGCUCGAGGGAGACGUGCAGCGCGCCGCUGUCGCCGCCAGGGACAGGGACCAGGCGCUCAAGAAGCUGCAAGAGCGCUGCGAGGGCUACACCCGCACGAUCGCGCAGCUGGAGGACCGCUGCACGUCGCUGAAGGGCACGGUGGAGCAGCUGUCGGCAGCGCUGCAGCGGGCCGCCACCGCUGAGGGCGAGCUGCGCGCCGAGCUGGCCAAGCUGCAGCGGCAGCUCGGCGAGGCGCGCGCGCAGGGACAGAGCGCCGCCGAGAAACUCAGGCACAUACAGAAGAAUAUCACGAGUUGCGAGAACGAGCGGCGCGUGCUCACUGAGAAACUGGACAGCGCCAAAUCGGCUCUCGGCGAGUUGAAGCGGCAGAACUCGACGCUGGAAGACCAGGUCCACAGACUCACCAAUCAGCUUGCAAACGUAGAAGUGCAACGAUCUGGCCUAGAAUCCCAACUGCGCAUGACGACCUGGGACGGCAAGGAGUCCAACGACGGCGAGCUGGAACGCGAGCUUCACGAGCUGCAGCGAGAGCGCUCCGAGCUCAAGGCCAAGAACGACGCGCUCCAGGACACGCUGAGGAAGCUGGAGGCGGACCGGAGGAUGACCAGGCCCUCCGUGUUGAGGACCAAGAGCCACGACCGGACCGAGAAGAGCGUGUACUACUCGGAUUUGGAUUCAGGGCCAGAUUCGACUAAGGACUCGUCGUCGCACUGCUACAAGGACAAGGAGGUGCCCUGCAGGGACAAGGGACUCUCCACCGAGCUGAGUCUGCUCGAGCUGGAGAACAGAGAGCUGAGGAUGAAGAUACGACGCCUCGAGAAGGAACUUGCUGAUAAGGAGUCGGAGCUGGCGGUGGCCCGCAGCCGCUACCUGGGCGAGCUGUCCGCUUCAGGCCCGGAGUGCCGCGACGACGCGGAGCAGUACCGCCGCGCCGCGCUGCAGGCCGAGCGGCUGCUGGAGGCGCGGGAGGCCAGCCACCGCCAGCAGAUGCUGCGUCUCGAGAACCAGGCGGCGCAGCUCCGGGCGCAGCUGUCGGCGGAGAUCCGGCGGCGCCAGGCGUACGUGUCGCGCAGCGGGCGCGCCGCACGCGACGUGCAGCGCCUGCGGGCCGCGCUCGGGGACUCGCUGAGGACGGUGUCGCAGGAUCCGGCCCUAGACUCUUACACAUUGGAACAUGAAGCCAGAAAGUUGGACAGCACCCUGGCUCAUAGUCUACCGCCGCUCACCGACAGCUACGACUCAUCAAAAUAAAUACAACCCCAGAUUUGAAUCGCCAAAGAAAACUUAACAAGGGCUUAAGAGCUACCAUAGUGUAGCCAUAUGGCGUAACAGAUUUAGUUCAGAGCUACCGUAGUAAAUGUGUCGUCAGAAUUUGUGGCGUAACGCAUUUAGUUCAGAACUACCGUAGUAAACGUGUCGCCAGAAUUUGUGGCGUAACAGAUUUAGUUCAGAACUAUCGUAGUUAACGUGUCGCCAGAAUUUUUGGCGUAACAGAUUAGUUCAGAACUAUGGUAGUUGUUAACGUGUCACCAGAAUUUGUAGCGUAAAAGAUUUAUUUCAGAACUACCAUAGUAAAAGUGUCGCCAGAAUUUGUGGCGUAACAGAUUUAGUUCAGAACUAUCGUAGUUAACGUGUCGCCAGAAUUUUUGGCGUAACAGAUUUAGUUCAGAACUAUGGUAGUUGUUAACGUGUCACCAGAAUUUGCGGCGUAACAGAUUUAGUACAGAACUACCAUAGUUAAAGUGUCGCCAGAUUUUGUGGCGUAACAAAUUUAGUACAGAAUU